AUGCAUCCAGAAACAGAGAAGAAUACCAAUGGCUCCGAGACGGAGCGCGAAGACGAGAUUGAGGAGAAGAGGAGAGACGAAGAAGUCUUGAAGCUCGCGCGAAAAUACACAACUCAGUCCCAAACAAGUGUAUACCAGAAGAACCCUUUCGAAGCGGAUGCAGAUUCUCCAUUGAACCCAGCAUCGCCAAAUUUCAAGCCACACGCCUUCGCUAAAUCGCUCCUCAAUCUUCAAGCUCGCGAUCCUGAGAAGUGGAAGCUGCGCACUGCGGGCUUUGCCUUCAAGGAUUUGAAUGUCUAUGGCUUUGGUACUGCCACCGAUUACCAAAAGAGUGUGGGCAAUGUUGUCCUAGAAGUCGUCGGUUUAGCGAAGAAGCUUCUCGGGAUGAGUAAACCGCGCAAGAUUGAUAUCCUACAACAGUUGGACGGAGUGGUUCACAGCGGUGAAAUGCUGGUUGUACUGGGUCCUCCUGGAAGUGGUUGUUCGACAUUCCUUAAAACUAUCGCCGGCGAGACCAAUGGCUUCUACAUCGAUGAGAAAUCCAGUAUCAAUUACCAAGGCAUCACGCCGAAGCAGAUGCACAACGACUUUCGUGGCGAGGCUAUUUAUACUGCUGAAGUCGAUGUCCACUUCCCUAUGCUUACUGUUGGUCAAACUCUCGAAUUCGCUGCGCAAGCCAGAGCUCCUCGAUAUAUUCCUGGAGGCAUCAGUCGACAAGAGUUUGCUAGAUAUCUCCGAGAUGUGAUCAUGGCAGUCUUUGGUAUCAGUCACACCAUCAAUACUCGAGUUGGAAACGAUUUUGUCCGUGGUGUCAGUGGUGGUGAGAGAAAGCGUGUGACAAUUGCUGAAGCUGCUUUGAGUGGUGCUCCACUUCAGUGCUGGGACAACAGCACUCGAGGUCUCGACAGUGCCAAUGCGAUUGAAUUCUGUAAGACUCUUCGGAUGUCUACAGAUCUUGUUGGAUCCACCGCUGUUGUAGCUAUCUACCAAGCUCCUCAGAGCGCUUAUGAUAUCUUCGACAAGGUAGCCGUGCUUUACGAAGGACGACAGAUUUACUUUGGCAGCUGUACUGAAGCCAAGGACUAUUUCGUUAAUAUGGGAUUCGAAUGCCCAGACCGACAAACAACUGCCGAUUUUUUGACUUCAAUGACAAGUUCUUUAGAACGUGUUGUGAGAGAAGGGUAUGCGGAUCGAGUCCCACGAUCACCCGACGAGUUCGCCCGUGUUUGGAAGAGCAGCCCCGAAUAUGCCAACCUCCGUAAAGAAGUUGAUAUGUACAAUGAACAAUACCAACUCCAUGGCCAACAUCUGCAAAACUUCAAAGACUCUCGCAGAAUUCAACAAUCCAAGCACCAGCGAGUAUCGAGCCCGUACACCUUGUCAUAUGUUGGUCAAGUGAAGCUCUGUCUGCGACGUGGCUUUUGGCGAUUGAAAGGAGAUCCAUCAUUAACCUUCACCCAACUUUUUGGUAACUUUUUGAUGGCUUUGGUUAUCAGUAGUGUUUUUUAUAAUCUACCCCAGACGACGUCCAGCUUCUUCUCACGAAGCGCUGUUCUGUUCUUUGCUAUUUUGCUUAAUGCCUUUGGAAGUGCUCUCGAGAUUUUAACACUCUACGCCCAACGUCCCAUCGUCGAGAAACAUUCGAGAUAUGCCCUUUAUCACCCAUCUUGCGAAGCUGUUGCGUCCAUGCUUACUGAUCUUCCAUAUAAGAUUUUGAACGCCAUCAUUUUCAACUUGACUUUAUACUUCAUGGUCAACCUUAAUCGACAUCCAGGCAACUUCUUCUUCUUCGUACUGAUCUCGUUCAUGUUGACUCUUGUCAUGUCCAUGUUGUUCCGUACAAUCGCAUCAGUCUCCAGAACUCUUUCCCAGGCCAUGGCUCCCACUGCAAUCUUGAUUUUGGGAAUUGUCAUCUAUACUGGUUUUGCUCUACCUGUUCCAAAUAUGCGCGGAUGGGCUAGAUGGAUUAAUUAUGUCGAUCCCGUCGCGUAUGGAUUCGAGAGUUUGAUGAUCAACGAAUUUGCUGGCCGCAACUUUACUUGCCUGGAUUCCGCAUUCGUUCCCCAAGGUCCUGCCUACGCUAAUGUCUCUCCUUUGGAGCGUGUUUGCUCUGCAGUCGGCUCUGUAGCUGGUUCAGCAGUGGUUAGUGGGACGACAUACAUCGAGUCAUCAUACCAGUACACGCCAUCUCACAAGUGGAGAAACUUUGGUAUCCUUUGGAUCUUCGCCAUUGGUCUCUGCGCUACCUACCUCCUCGCUACCGAAUUCAUUACUGCUAAGAAGUCCAAAGGAGAAGUCUUGCUCUUCCGAAGAGGCCAUACACCAGCUGCUCUGAAGCAAAAAGGUAGCGAUGAAGAAGUUGCAGCUACUGCUAUUGCUGGCGCCGAGAAGACCAGUAGUCAUGUGGAUGUCUCGACCAUCAUCAAGAAGCAAACUGCAAUCUUUCACUGGGAAGAUGUCUGCUAUGAUAUCAAGAUCAAGGGCGAACCUCGCAGAAUUUUGGAUCAUGUGGAUGGCUGGGUAAAGCCUGGAACUUUGACAGCACUCAUGGGUGUCUCUGGUGCUGGUAAAACGACGCUUCUCGACGUGCUUGCAACUAGAACUACUAUGGGUGUGAUCACUGGCGGUAUGUUGGUUGAUGGCCGAGAACGUGACACCUCUUUCCAACGAAAAACUGGUUAUGUUCAACAGCAAGAUCUCCACUUGUCGACUUCCACUGUUCGCGAAGCCUUGAAUUUCAGUGCCCUUCUCAGACAACCUGCCAAGAUUCCACGCAAGGAGAAAUUGGAGUAUGUCAAUGAGGUCAUCAAACUUUUGGAUAUGGAAGAGUAUGCGGAUGCAGUGGUUGGUGUUCCUGGAGAAGGUUUGAACGUCGAGCAGAGAAAGCGUCUCACGAUCGGUGUUGAACUUGCCGCUAAACCGGAACUACUUCUCUUCUUGGACGAACCUACCUCUGGUCUGGACAGUCAAACUUCUUGGGCUAUUUGUGAUUUGAUGGAGAAGUUGACAAAGAAUGGUCAAGCUGUUCUUUGCACUAUCCAUCAACCUUCUGCAAUGUUGUUUCAGCGUUUUGAUCGAUUACUGUUCUUAGCUUCUGGUGGCAAGACUGUCUAUUUUGGCGAAGUCGGAAACAAUGCUGCUGUGUUGACCAAGUAUUUCGAGCGACUAGGGGCUCACCCUUGCCCGCCCAGCGCAAAUCCAGCCGAAUGGAUGUUAGAAGUUAUUGGUGCUGCUCCUGGAUCUCAUACAGACAUCGACUGGCAUCAAGCCUGGCGUGACAGCCCAGAGUACCAAGGAGUCCACCGUGAACUUGAUCGUCUCAAGGCCGAACUCCCACAAAUCACUCAACCCUCUGCAUCAGCCGACGACAAAGCCAGUUUCCGUGAAUUCGCUGCCCCCUUCGGUCUUCAACAAUGGGAAGUUCAGAAGCGCGUGUUCCAGCAGUAUUGGCGUACCCCCAGCUAUAUCUACAGUAAAUUGAGUCUCUGCAUCUUCGCCGCCCUUUUCAUUGGCUUCUCCUUUUUCAAAGCCGGCACCUCCCAACAGGAAUUGCAGAACCAGAUGUUUGCAGUCUUUAUGCUGUUCACUAUCUUCGGUCAACUUGUUCAACAAAUCAUGCCUCACUUUGUCACUCAGCGCUCGCUCUACGAAGCUCGAGAACGCCCUUCGAAAACCUAUUCAUGGAAAGCCUUCAUGAUAUCCAGCAUCGUGGUCGAACUCCCCUGGAACACUCUAAUGGCCGUCCUGAUCUACCUCUGCUGGUACUACCCGAUCGGCCUGUACCGUAACGCUGAACCCACGAACGCCGUCACCGAGCGCGGCGGCCUCAUGUUCCUCCUCGUCUGGGAAUUCCUCCUCUUCACCUCCACCUUCACGAACAUGGUCAUCGCCGCAAUCGACACCGCAGAAACGGGAGGCAACAUCGCCAAUCUGAUGUUCUCGCUCACCCUCGUCUUCUGCGGUGUCCUCGCCUCCCCAGAAGUCUUCCCCCAUUUCUGGAUCUUCAUGUAUCGUCUCUCCCCCUUCACCUAUCUCGUCGACGCCAUGCUCUCCGUCGCAAUCGCAAACACGGACGUCGUCUGCGCCAGCAACGAGUAUCUGAAAUUCUCCGCCCCAGCCGGAGAAACCUGCUACCAGUACAUGAACACGUACAUCAACACCUACGACGCGGGCGGCUAUCUGCAGUUCCCCAACGCGACGGGAGACUGCAGUUACUGCGCCUUGGACUCGACGAAUCAGUUCUUGACGCAGAUCAACUCGUCGUAUAGUCAUCGAUGGAGGAAUUUUGGCAUUCUUUGGGCGUUCAUUAUCUUUAAUGCCGUGAUGGCGGUUUUCUUGUAUUGGUUGGCUAGGGUGCCGAAGAAUAAGAAGGCGAAGAAGGCCAAGAAGGAGUAG